GUGCACUGCAGUGGUCGUUUGGUCGCCAUGUGGUGCAGCCGGCGCCUCCCACUGAUUCUGGCGGCCUUGGAAACAGCCAGGCCAGAGCCAGGGUUCCGAGCCAUGGCCCUUUGGUGCUGCCGCCGCUUGACCGCACCAACGUGCUGCCGCCGGUCGAGCAGGCCAAGGAGGCGUUUGUCCGUCAGCAUCCUGAGUACGGCUACAGGUGA